CAACAAACCCCUUGUGUUUAAACCACGUAACACAUGUAUGCGUGCAUCGACCCGAAACAUCCAAUCAAUUCGAGGAGUUCCUCCAUGACACAGACAUUUUUUACGGCUCAGGGACGCCCUUGCUGCUGUAAGAGCCAGUCAAGGGCAAAGAUUAUUCAUUUACCUUUCUGUAACACAUUGAGAUAAGCGGCAUUGUUGGCAGUAUACAGCACAUGAUCCUUCAGUUUACAGAGAUAAGAGCUCUUCAUUUUGGCGGGAAAAGUGCCAUAAAACGGAUUUUUUCGGGAUAUAGACGCUACCAUGCAGUCCCAAGACAAGCUGCCAUUUCCAAAAUGCUCCUUCUUCAUUGUAGCUUCCAUAAUGCUCGUUUUCAUCUUGAUGUUAACUUUUCGCGGUAACAGCAUUCAAAGGACGGCGCCUGAAUUUGUUGGGAUCAAUAUAGAUGUUAGAACUCAAUCACCACACAGUAUAUUUAAACCUGAGUUUGUUACGUUCAAUACAGAUGUUAGGACCAGACCACCAGGCACCAUCACUGCCAACACUGCCACCAAAACCUCCAAGGAAAUAACCAAGCAUGUUUCAAAGACUCGAAAUUGUUCCUUAUUGUAUCUUCAAAACUACUUGGCAGAAAAGGGGCGGUUUUUUGGAGAAGGGCAGUGGGUCAAGGGCCAGUGGGAACCGAGAAGUUGUCAAGUGCCUGAACGAGUGAACGCUGAACGGCUGGCUCAAUGUCUUACAGCAAAGAAGAUAGAAAAAAUUGGAAUCCUUGGUGACUCUCAGUCCAUGAGGUAUGCUGCAAUGAUAAGAACAGGAGAAGGUGCGUUUCAGUGUAAGAAAACGAAAGCCGAAAAUGGCGGGAACAGAUCACCGUCCAUUAAUUUCUUUUCUCCACCAAUUGCAGCUAAUGAUUUGCGAGCUACCACACGUGACUGUUUAGGUUGCGCCGGUUUACAGGCCACUUGUACGUUUGGGAGUUCGAAAAAUUCCGUGAUUAAGAUCGAAAACAUGAUUACGGAAAACGUUAAGGACAGUGAACUAAUCACACGGAGAAGUUCGGUUUACAAAAAUUGUGACGAUCGGCUUACGAAUAAAACUGGCAUUCCGUGUCUAGAGUCUAGUACCACGCAAGAGGUGAUAUUUCAAGAGUACUGGUGCCUUGACGGCUACCCAGAUGUGAUCAUCGUGUUUGCAACUCAUGUCCACGAAGCUGUGAAGAGAAACGCCAGGAAUUUUGAGCGAGAUUUUACGUGGUUCGUCGAUCUUAUAACAACCGUGGUGCCCAAGACUACCAAGAUUCUCUAUGUGAAUGCACCCAAGGUGACUCCACCACAGCCAGAAGCAUGGAAGACUGAAGGUCGAAAUAUUUUUAUAGAUGAACUCAACAAAAUAGCAGCGGCUGUGAUUCAUCGGUCAAUAGUGGAGCGCAAGGUGCCAAAUCUGUACCCGAUGUACGAUAUGUUUUCUAUGUCUGUAGAUCGAAAUGACUGGAAUGGAGAUGGCGUACAUUUCAAACCACAGUGGUACAAGCAUGCUGCGUCCUUACUGUGGACUACUUUGUGCAUGGACUGAUCUUUUAAGACUGGUCUCUUAAGUUUAAGGUGUACGUUUUACAGGUGACAUAUUUUUUUAAAUUUCAGCCUAAAGCUUGUUUAAAAUAUUGAUUUUUUGU